CGUGGGUGCGGCUGCUUCCACGCUCUGUUUCCACUAGGGCUGGGGAUCGCAGCCUUGUCAGCGCAGCUUCCUUCAGCUAGCUGCUGCCCGGGGCCAAGAUCUGUGUUUUAGAAAGCUUGCUCGGUGGCUGAGCAUGAUGAGGCGCACUGGACUGUGGUUUUGUAACUCAAGCAAGGGGCUGCUUACUCCUGGCAAAGGACUGACUCCAGCAUCUCAGAAUCUGGAGAAACAGAGACUCCUCUACACUCACAAUGCAUGCACAUCUAUUCACGUGAAUAAUGUUCGUGAUAAGUUACGGGAGAUAGUAGGAGUAUCCACUAACUAUAAAGACCAUGUGAGAGCAAUGGAGGAAAGAAAAUUACUUCACAGUUUUUUGGCGAAGUCUCAGGAACAACUGCCACCUAGGAGAAUGAAAGACAGUUUCAUCGAAGUUCUCCUGCCUUUGGGCACUCAGCCUGAAUUACGGGAGAAAUAUUUGACUGUUAAGAAUACCGUGAGAUUUGGCAGGAUUCUUGAGGACCUUGACAGCUUAGGAGUUCUAGUUUGCUACAUGCACACCAAAGUUGAAGCAGCAAAGAUGUCUCCUUUAUCAAUAGUUACAGCGCUGGUGGACAAAAUCGAUAUGCGUAAGAAGAGCUUAAGCCCGGAACAAGACAUCAAGCUUACUGGUCAUGUUAGCUGGGUCGGUAAGACAUCCAUGGAAGUGAAGAUGCGGAUGUUUCAGUUUCAUGGCAAUGAAUUUUUACCUGUUUUGGAAGCAACAUUUGUAAUGGUGGCUCGUGAUUCUGAAAAUAAAGGGCCAGCAUUUAUAAAUCCAUUGAUCCUCGAAAGCCCAGAGGAAGAAGAGCUCUUUAGACAAGGAGAAUUAAACAAGGGAAAAAGGAUUGCCGUUUCAUCUGCAUCGUUACUGAAAAUGGCUCCCAGUGCUGAAGAAAGGACAACUGUCCAUGAGCUAUUUCUGACCACAUUAGAUCCAAAGACCAUCAGUUUUCAAAGUCGAAUUUUGCCCCCUAAUGCAGUGUGGAUGGAAAACUCAAAACUGAAGAGCUUGGAAAUCUGUCACCCUCAGGAGCGGAACAUUUUCAAUCGAAUCUUUGGUGGUUUUCUUAUGAGGAAAGCUUACGAACUUGGAUGGGCUACUGCAUGUAAAUUCUGUGGUACCCAGCCAUUUGUAGUAGCAGUGGAUGAUAUCAUGUUUCAGAAACCUGUUGAAGUUGGAUCAUUGUUAUUUCUUUCUUCACAGGUCUGCUUUACUCAAGGAAAUUACAUUCAAGUCAGAGUUCACAGUGAAGUGGCCUCUCUUCAUGACCAAGCACAUACAACCACCAAUGUUUUUCAUUUCACAUACAUGUCAGACAAAGAAGUGCCUUUGGUUUUCCCCAAAACAUAUGGAGAGUCCAUGUUAUAUUUAGAUGGGCAGCGCCAUUUCAGUUCCAUGACUCUGCCUGCGAACGUGAAAGACUCUUAUGUUGUUAAGCACUAAGAAAACUCUCUCCUUUGAAGAACAGCACUCCACAGUAAUAAACCCUUGAUGAAGACUAUUGUCUUUAGAGUUUAUUCUUACCCUUGGUAGAGAAGAAUGAAUUCAGUUUUUUUCAAAAUCAGAAAAUCAGGAUAAGAGAGUGGCUGGGUUAUGCUAUUGAACAAUGAAUUUUAAGCAUAGGAAAUUUUAAUUGUUAAUCUGCCAUUGUACAUUCUGUCUGCUAAAGAAAUUAGAGCAAAUAUGUAUGUAAUUGGGUAUAUUAUUUUAUCAUACACAUAUUACAUCUUUUAAGUAUUGACAUAUAACCUUUAUGCCAAGGUAUUGAGUGAAUUUCUCUGUGUG